GGGCUGGGGGGGCGCGUGUGCGUACGGGCCGAUCCUCGCGCUCAAAAUGGCGCAACUGAGCUGCGGCGGUCUCCGCGUUUCCGUGGCGGCGGCUGCGGCCACAGCGGCCGUAGCUGCCGCAGGCGGCCAGGGCCACGGCCACGGAGUCGGCAGUGUCGGUAGCGGAGCAGGAGGAGGAGGCGGCGGCAGCGUUAAUAGCAGCGGUGGCGGCGGUGGUGUUAGUAUCGGCGGUAGUAGCGGUGGUGGUGGUGGAGGCGGAGUGGCCCCCUCGGCGCUUGGCCCCGCGAAGCGCAAACGCGCGCACCACGACUACAAGAAGCUGAGCAAGGCGGGAUACCUGGACAACAACAACAGCAGCGGCGGCGGUAGCAGCAAUAGCAGCAGCAGCGGCGGCAGCAGCAGUAACAACAACAACAACACGAAUAACAACAACAACAGCAGCAGCAGCAACGGCGCCUUGCUGACAGCGGUGGUGGCGGCAGCGAGCGCCGAGGCAGACGCGGGCGGCGCCACGGGGCCGCUGGGCGCUAUCAAGCAGCAACAGCAGCAGCAGAAGGCGAAGAGGAAGAGGGAGGCGACGGAGAAGCCCCACAGGGUAGUGAAGGACGGCGGCGGAGAUCCACAACCACCACCGCCGCCACCACCACCGCGGCCACAGCACAAACUUAAAGGAGAAUUGAGGGGCGAGAAGAAGCCCAGCCCCAUGCUGGAGGAGCAUCACCACCACCACCACAAGAAGGCCAAGAAAAAAAAGAAAAAGAAGCACCGUGAUGGUCAAGAAGAUGAGGAGGAGCGUCGCAAACACAAGCGGCCCAAGCGCUACCACCGCGGCGUGCAGACCAUGUGCUCGGGCCUAGAGUUCCGGGAAGCGCUGAUCAUCAACAACAACAACAACAGCAGCAGCAUUGUUCCCCAGAUCCCAGAAGCCGAUGUGCGCACGCUUCCGGAUCGGCAAGGACCCCAACCCACGGUGCCAGUAAAAGAGGAGCCGAAGGGCGUGCCUGGCCAAUGCUCGACGCCGGUGAAGAAAGAGAACUGUCCCAACGAGGGCAAGCCGGCCCGAGCGGGCGAGCUGCUCAACAGCUUCCCACCGUUCUGCACCAACAGGGAUCAGCUGAUCCGCAAGCAGCAGCAGCAGCAGCACCGCGUGCCGGACACGUCGCCCGAGUUUGCGCGCUUCGUGUACAGCGAGGCACAGCCCAAUGGUGGUGCUAGCGUGCUGCACGCGUACUGGCACGAGCUGGAGCGGCUGUCGCCAGCGGCGCUGGAGAGGUUUGCGCGCGAGUUCACCUCGUUGGCGUUCAAGGAGGAGAAGCAGGGCUGCGCACGCUACGCCAUCGCCAUCGUGCACGGCGCCGCGGCGUACCUGCCCGACUUCCUCGACUACUUUGCCUUCAGCUUCCCGGGCACUUCCGUCAAGGUGGAGGUGCUAGGCAAGAAGGACAUUGAGACGACCACCAUGGAGAGUUUCAGCACGCAGGUGCAGCGGACGUACUGCAACGGCACGUACCGUGCCGGCGCCAUGAGGCAGAUCAGCUUGGUGGGCGUGGUGGACGAGGAGGUGGGCGACUACUUCCCCGAGUUUCUCGACAUGCUGGAGGAGUCGCCCUUCCUCAAGCUGACUCUGCCAUGGGGCAGCAUUUCGAGCCUGCGGUUGGAGUCUCGCAUGGAGAGCGAUGACGGCCCCAUCCUCUGGGUGCGGCCGGGCGAGCAGAUGAUACCUACGGCCGACAUGCCCAAGUCGCCCUGCAAGAAGCGUCGGAGCGAGGUGAAGAACCUGCACUACCUUCCGCGCCUGUCGGAGCCGCGCGAGGUCCUCUUCGAGGACCGGACGCGCGCGCACGCCGACCACAUUGGCCAGGGCUUCGACCGGCAGACAACGGCGGCUGUGGGUGUGCUCAAGGCCGUGCGAUUUGGAGAAAGGGACGACGAGGCACGCGUCACCAAGGACGUGGUGGCAUUCCACGCGGGUGACUUUGUGGAGGUGGUGCAGAGGCUGCAGCUUGACCUGCACGAGCCGCCCAUGUCACAGUGCGUACAGUGGGUGGACGACGCCAAGCUGAACCUGAUGCGACGCGACGGCAUCCGCUAUGCGCGCGUCCAGCUCUGCCACAACGACAUCUACUUCAUCCCUCGCAACGUGGUGCACCAGUUCCGUACCGUGUCGGCCGUGUGCAGCCUGGCGUGGCACGUGCGCCUGCGGCAGUACCACCCCGAGAGCGAGCACGCCAAUGUCGGCGAAUCGGCCAGCGCCGCCGCUGCCGCCGCCAGCAACAGUAACAGCGCGGAGGUCGCCAACUCGAAGGAGGUGAAGACGGAGAGCGUGGGGGAAGCGGCGGAGCCCUCGGAAAAACGCAGGCCCGGCAGCGCCGAGGGUCCGCCCCCCGAGAGCGGCCGCAAGGGGAAGGCGUCGGAGAAGACGCAGCAGCACUCCUCCUCGGGCAACACGCUGCCGGGGAAUUUUGCGCCGGUGCGGAGCUGCGAAUCUGGCUCCAAUGGCUUCAGGCCGGACCCGACGAGCGAGCGCAAGGCUAGUGGCGAGAGGAUGGAAGUGACUUCCGAGGCCGCCGCUUUGGCCACGACGAGUAAGGGCGCCAAGGGGGGGGGAGGGUCGACGGGAGGCCCGUCGGGUGGCGGCGGCAUCGGUGUUGCGUCGCGCCCCCCCGUCGAAGAACCGUCGGUGAACGUGGGCGUGAGCGUCCCCGAGAUGGGCGCGGCCCUCGGCUCGCACGCCGUGCGGGAAACUCUAGCAGAGCAGCAGCCUCAGCCUUCCGUCCUGGCUGCCUGCGACGCUUGAACCCCCACCCCCACCUCGCUCAGCCGUCGGUGCCCGACCGCUACAAUCAUCACUUUAUUUCCUUCUACAGUUUUGUGCACUUGGCGCUGCUGCUUGUGCAAGGUCUCCUGAAGGCCAGAAUUGGUUCCACCACACCUUUUGGUGAGCCAGCAGGGCUGCCUGCUUUUCGCAGUAAUUUGUACAUCAAAGCCUUCCACGUCCUUUUUACACGCUUAAUUUUCCAAAGUACGUCCCUCCGCUGUCCUUUGUGCUGGCCACCGCCUCGUACGAAGGCAUAUUAUGCCCUGUUAAGACACCCGUUUUUGAUGCGAGACUUAAUUUGAACAAUAACAAAAACACGUCUCGUGUCUGGGCGUGCAUGCAAAUCUUCUGCAGGUUCCCCCGGGAUAGUAAAAUGACUUCUGUUUUUCUUUUCUCCAUUUAACAAAAAAAAAAUUCAAUUUGAACAAAAAUUCAAGGGAAAUGUAACAGUUAAGGGGAAGAGCCAGCUGCACCACUGUCCAGUGUAAUUGAACCACGUCAGCCUCCACACAAGCAUCUUCUUCUACCCUGCAAUCGUCCUGGGUAAUAAUGCAACUGUUCUUUCCCUCCUCCGUUUACAUACAGCUCACUUUCCCUCCGUUGUAAUAAUAGUACAAAUCAUAUCUGAUUUCAGUGUGCAGGUGGAUGGGCGAGAGGUGGCAUACCAUCCUCUUUGUAAUAUCCCUGUAUAUGUGGAAUGGAGUGCUGAAGGGGGUUUUUGGAGCAAAAUUGCCCUGCUUGUGUCCACUGUAUUUAUAAGUAUUCUUUUGAAAAGCAGUAGGCUAGUCCUUAAUAUUUGAUGUAUCUUCUGCUUUUUUCAAGUGUAUACAAAAUGAGGGCAUUUUAAUAAUCCUGUUCAUCAGAAGAUUAAAAGGAAAUUGUAAAUGGUAAUUCAACACUUCAUAUCUGUACGUUAACUUAAGUUCCUUGGUUUGUCUUAAUUUUUAUUCCCACUAUUAAUACCGCAAGACUUUUAACAGACCUGCUUGCUGUAGUGUUUUAUUUUUGGUUCUUUUUUUGUAUUUAAUAUUUACUAUAAUGUUAAAUUUAAUGCUUUUAUUAGUAUUGCUUCUGCGUCAGUGCUUGCAAAAAAAGACGUGUGUUGCACAUGAGUGGAAUGACCGCACACUUAAACAUUCGUGUGAGAUUUUGUUGACUAAGCAGAGCCUGUUUUAUUAAAGAUUUUAUUCACAGUCAAUUUUUACUUUCAUUUCAAAUCCACUGGUGCAAGACAGUUGAAAUUUACAAGCAGUCUUGUUUUGUAGCAUAGAGGAUAUCCGUAAACACUAUGAACUUAUAAAUACAGUACAAAAUUAUUCAGUACUUCUGUGUUUUUUAUUAGCCACAAGUAGAGUGACAUCUUAAGGAAAGUCAUAGGCCUUUUAUUACUGUAUUUUUUUUACUUUGAACAUAUUAACAGAUUAUUUUUAAAAAAUAUUAUUUAACAGCUUUGAACGAUUCAGUAUGUACCAAUGCCUAACCUAUCUGUAAUGUUGGCGACAAUGGUAAGAAACCAAAAUCAUUACUUCUGUAAGGUAUUCCACCAGAAUUUAUCGGGAAAACUGUAGAGUAAUACAUGUUUUAUAAUUAAAGAAAAAGCGGAAAAAAAGCCUUUAACCAAAAUGUUUUCAUUAUUUGCUUCAAUGGUAGAAUGGCUUGUGUUAAACAUUUUAAGUCCAUAUUUAGUCUACUAGCCUCUUCCCAUUCAAACCAGCGUCUAGUGCUUUCACUUCCAAACUUUCAUGCGCUACGCUUUAUAAAGCGUUUAAGACUUUGCUGAGUUGAUCUAGGCGGAGAGUGCAUGUAGCGGUCUGUCGGCUCGGGCCGUUGUGCAUGUAAAUAUUUAGUGCACAGUGGCCCAGCCUGUUUUAAUUGAAGGAUAAAAGGAGAAUAUUGCCUGGCUACACCACGAAGCUUUGACUUCCCGGCAGCGUGUGCUAUCACCGAAGGAAAGAGGCUAAUGUAGCUAAAAAAAUAUGCCUUUUAUCACUCGAACCAGCACUCUCAGAUUUUGUUUGACAUUCUUAUAAUUUGUAUAGGAAUUACUCCAGUUUGGGGUGGAGAAAAACUAAAACACCCACAACAAAAAUCAUCUGGGGAAAAAAAAAACCCGGAAGCUGGGGGAGAGGUAGAGGCAUUUGUAAUUGGAG